AUGAGCGCCAAGUCGAGAAAGCGGUCCCGCGCCGUCACGGACGAGAAUCGUGCCGACUGCCCCUUCACCGUCAGCAUGGUCUCAACACCCUCGUACGAGGAAUGGGAUCACACGACCAAGAAGCGCAAGCGCAACGGCCCCGACGAUGGCAGGAAGGAGUCGGUGCAGGCGUCGCCGUUUGAGCCCAGGGGCAAGUUCAAGACGCACAGCAACAUGGACGUGUCCUACACGGUCGAGCCCUCGAGGCCCUGGUUCGACAUGACGCGCUACAACAGCUUCGUUCUCAACAACGUCAAGUACUUCAACGAAGACUUUGUCUACAUAGCCAACGACGCAACCAUCGAGCGGCAAAAGGACCCCCACAAGGACGCGGACCAGCAGGACCUGCUGCCGUCCAACGACUACUGGGUGGCCAAGAUCCUCGAAGUCAGGGCGCUCGACGAGCACCACGUCUACGCGCGCGUCUACUGGAUGUACUCGCCCGACGAGCUGCCGCCGAACACGCUCGACAACAAGAAGCUAGUGUCGGGCCGUCAGCCGUACCACGGCCAGAACGAGCUGAUAGCCUCCAACCACAUGGACAUCAUCAACGUCGUCAGCGUCGCCAUGCGCGCCGUCGUCAACCACUGGGUGGAGUCGGACGACGAGCAGGUGCAGGAUGCGCUCUACUGGCGCCAGGCCUUUGACUGCCGGACCUCGCAGCUAUCCACGGUCGAGCACACGUGCAGGUGCAAAACGCCGGCGAACCCGGACAAGACGUUGGUCGGCUGCUCCAACUCGCAGUGCGAGCAGUGGCUGCACUACGAGUGCCUCCUGGACGACCUGCUCACCCGCGUUUACGCCACGCUGGGGACGGACAAGGCGCACCAGACGGUCGAGCGGCCGGUGAAGAGGGAAUCGGACGACACGAAAGAUUCUCUGCAUUCGACGACGCCGAUCAAGAUCAAGAACGAGACGGCGCCGACGCCCUCGAACGACAAGGACGGCGCGAACGGCAGCCCGAGGCCGGUGAAGCGGAAUGCGGAAGACGUCGGCGGAAAAGCUACCGCAUCACCCGUGUCCGGCACGCCCACCCUGGCGGCCGAGAAGCUCUCGAGAUCAUCGUCGACGAAGAAGGGGCGCUUCAAGAGGCCCGAGGGCCAACAGCCGUACGAAGGCCUCUUCGAAGCAAAGCUCAGGCUGGACGAUGGCCCGACGGUCUGGGAGGUGACGGACCUGCGACCGAACGUCUCGGGCGGCGACCGCACCUGGACCGAAAAGGUCGACUGCUUGGUCUGCGGCACCAAGAUUGAGUAG